CGAGACGUUGCGGAGAACGCAUUACGUCUCUAUCACUCCGCCUGUGAUAUCACGUGUGCUUCGUAUCGACUGUUACUGACACGUUUGCCGCCAGGAAGAUACUGUAUCAACUCGAGAGGAGCGCAAUACAGCGUGGAUAUAAAUAAGCGUGCAUUUGACGUAUGGCGUCGUGACCUUAGCUGCUCAUACAUAAACAUACACAUAAACACCGCACUUAAUAAGCAGUGGCAAGCAGUAUUUCCAAGUCAGAUAUAUAAAUGUUGUACAGUAUGUAUGGCAACUGAAGUACCAAUGCCAGGAGUGGACAUCGCAGUGGAAGGAGCCUGCAAAACGAGACUGAAAGAGCAACGAGGAAGGCAAGGGGAAGAGGCAGGAUGGAGGCCCACACUGAGAGCCCCCAGAAACCAUUGUUGGUGUUAAUGGUGGGCAAAAGUAGAGUGAGAGAGACGGGUAAUGCCACGACUCUAGAGAGAUUGAGGUCGCACGUGGAGGCGAGCGGUUGGAGCUGCGACCUGCGCGACCCGGAGGACCUGCCCGACGGCGCAGCGGUAACUGCCGCGGUGGCCAGCUGUGACGUCGUGCUCGGCUUGCACCUCUACCGCAGUGGCCCAGUGCUUGCUGCCUGUAGG